CUAAGCUUAUUGAAUUCUCCUCUUUGGAAACUGCUCUUAUGACUGACCAUUUUGCUUUCUUUCUUUCUUUAUUUUUCCUUUUCAUAAAAAAAUAUACAUUUUUAAGUUUUCCUAACGUGAAUUAAAACAUUGCCGUCUCUUCCUCUGCCUAAUAAUCAAUCCUCCCUUCCUCUUCUCUCUCUGCAACAAAGCGUCUCCACGUUAGGCAGGCACAUUGCUAGAGGAGCAAAGAAAGUCUCGCGAGUCCUCCUCUUCUCCCAAGUGUAACUGUGGUUAAACUUUAGCCGAGAUGCAGGGAGAGAGGGCCAGUCUCGGCUAUUUAUCAGAGGGCUUAAACUUUGAGCAUGGUUCCACCUCCAGUAAUGGUUUGAUGGAUCACUGGGACGGUCUUGGUGAUAACGACUUGCAGGACUACAUGAUUGCAAAUUCUGAAUCUCUCGCUCACUCGGUUUACCCUGAACAACAUAGGUUUAGCCUCGGCGAGGAGGCUAGCUCUAGUGGCACGAAGAAUGAAGCUUCCGGUCACAAUGAGCAACUAAGAAAUGAAAUAAUUGAUUUAGACUCAGAUUCUGAACAACCUUCUGGGGACAAUCAGAAUGUCAACCUGAAUGCAGAAUAUAUUGAACUUGACGAGGAUAUUGAUGUGGUUGAAGCUAACGGAUCAGGGAACAGGGCUUCACAACCUGGCAGACCUUUCCAAGAGACUAGUGUUAGAACAGGUUCUUCUGUUGAUGCAUCCUGCAAGAGGAAGGCUAUUGAAGGCAGUAGUAGUGGUCAGUCUUCUUUAGGUGGUUACCAUCACGGAGAAAGCAGCAGUUCGUGGACCCCAGUUUCUACCGAGUAUAGGUCAGUAAAUGGUCUAAACAUAUCUGGAUCUCGAGGAGAGGUCUCUGCUACUGCUUCAAAUUUUCUUGUAAGCUCAAGUAGAAAUACAUGUGUCAGGAGUAAUCCCUCUGAAACUGUAAGCCCAGCUGCCUUUUCUGCGGGAACUGUUGUCAGGCGACCUGUCCCUCCACCGCACUCUAACUUAUCAAGACUUGUACCAUCAGAUCAUCAUGGACAAUCCCUAGGAAAUAUCUUCUCACGGAACCCAAAUCCUCCUGCACCUGUUUCAAGGAAUAUGCUACCACCAUUUCAGUGGACUGAGAGCUCACUAGCGGGUGAAUCAUUCAACUCCACCGUGCCCACUGAGAGAAAUAAUCUUCAUCUAGAAGACACCAGGUCAAGAAGCAUAACAGCAGCGAGUGUUCUAGAGAAUCCCUUGUUUAAUCCAGCUCCUGACCUCAGCAGAAAUGCUAACCUGAGUAUUGCAUCAUCAUCAUCAGUGUCCAGGACAGGCUCAAGCACAGGUGUUCAAGCACCAUCUUCUAAUCUAGCGUGGACGCCUCACCGGAAUUUACCACCUCACCAAAGAAGAAGAUCGGAACUUGCCCAUAGGUCAUUGAUUUCUUCCCUUUCUGCAGAUGCGAGAUCUGGUGAUCAUCAUCCACCACUUCGUUCGUUGGCUCCUCCUGCCCCUCAGGAUGGGCUUGUGCUUCAGCCUGGUGGUGGUGAUAGUAGCCGGGCAUACUCGAGAGCAGGUCUGUGGCUUGAUAGACAAGUGGAUAGUUUGGUUGGGGCUCCUCAAUCUUUAAGGGCUUUGGCAGCUGCAAGCAGAGGAAGAAACAGACUUAUGGUAUCCCAGAUGCAGAAUAUCUUGGAAGUGAUGCGGAGGGAUCCGAAUCAUAACUUGCGGCUUGAGGACGUUAUGCUUCUAAAUCAGUCAGGGAUAUUUGAUGGGGCUGCUGGUAUGCAUGACCGAUAUAGAGACAUGCGGCUUGAUGUAGACAACAUGUCAUAUGAGGAACUGCUGGCACUAGAAGAGCGGAUUGGAGAUGUGUGUACAGGUGUAAACGAAGAAACCAUAUCAAACCGGUUGAAGCAGAGUAAAUACAAAAGCAGCACAAAAUCUCCAGAAGAUGCAGAGCCAUGCUGUAUUUGUCAGGAGGAAUACACUGAGGGAGAUGACAUGGGCACGUUAGAAUGUGGGCAUGAGUUCCAUAGCCAAUGCAUAAAAGAAUGGCUGAAACAGAAGAAUCUCUGCCCAAUUUGCAAGACGACAGGCUUGAACACAGCCAAGAAGCGUAAAAUAGGAUGAAUGAGAGCUUCUUCUUUUUUUUUGUAUUUGUUUUUACAAUUCAGCUUAUGAACAAAAAAUGAAAGAAACAAAAAAAGACACCCUCAAGCUUCCUUCCACCAGUGCAGAGCCUCUCACCGGAAAUGCCUCCACAGGCUAGUUGGUCCCUUUUGUUUGUUCUAGUAGUCUGAAUAUGCAUUAUAUGAUUUUAAGGAUCAUGAUAUGGUUUGUGAUUGAAGGUAGAGAUAAAGGGUGAUAGGGGAAUGUUGGGAGAAUGUAUUUGCUUUUUUCGUUUCUGGAUUGGUAUGGAUAAUUUAAUUUACUCAUUUGUCAAUUAAUGUAUGAAUCCAUUGAAAGAA